AUGAAAAAGUUUACCAAAAUCUUUCCCCGGCGCCUGCAGGGCCGUGGUGAAAACGGUCAUGGCAAGCAAAAGGGCAUGGCUGGUCCGGGACUGGAGAGUGCGCGCGACCACCAUCAGCUUACUCUGCGCAGAGGCAUCCCGACCAAGAAGCCAACAAGGACCGGCGCCAGUCGCAUUUUCGUUGGGGUACCGUCAGACGCGGCAAAUGGUGCGAAUGGGGAGAAUGGAAGUGGAAAGGAUCUGAAUGCUGGAAAUGGCCAUGCCAACGACAAGGAAAACGGACAUGUGCCGGUGGUGUCAGGCAUUGAGCUGGCUGUUGCUGGUGCUGCGAAUGCAGAGACCGCGACUGACCAUGCCCAGCUCAUAUGUGAGACUUGUGCAGCAAUUGGAUUCCCGAAAUUGUUUGAUUGGAAGCCAGGUGAGGCGAGACCAUGGGUAUCGCUCGCUCACACCCUCAAGGAUGAGACCAACUGCCCCUACUGUACCUUCUUCCAAGCCAUGAUCGGCCACAUAUCUAGCGCUGGCGGUGAAGGGGCAGACACCCCAAUCACUGCCCAGUCCUUGAACGGAACAGACAUGGAGGCGCGUCAAUCAUCCGCCACUAGUACUUUUACGCCGUACUUUCGCAUCAGGCACGCGUUUGAGCGACUCGGUAUCAGCCAAAAACAUGAGCUCGGCAGGACAGUCCUGUUUGAAGUGACGACAAAAUCCAAGUCACUUCCUCGUGGCUACAUCCUUCCCGCAUUACAUAAUGAGACUGGCCUCGACGGAUACCUGGAGUCUUCUCGGGGAGACAGCGUGAGUGAGACAGGGACACAAUCCAGUCAGCCUUCGCUCCAGCAGCUACCACCCAACUCAUUGCGAGGCCGCUCUGUGACUGCGCUUCUCGAUACAGCUUUGCCGCGCUGCUGGAUCGACUACUGCAAAGACUAUCACACUGACGAACGCUGUGCUGCCAAGCUAGCCUCUCCAGGCAAGAUCAAUCUGAAACUCAUUGACGUUGAGAGCCACAAGGUCGUUUUGGCGGCAGAUCUCGAGGGCCAAAAUUAUGAAUACGUCACCCUAAGCUAUGCACUAGGAGAUUACGAGCUGGAGCCUUUUAUCGAGUCUACACAAUUGCCGAAAACUCUGCCAGCAACAUUCGAAGACUCACUUUCGCUAACCCACUCACUGGGCUAUCGGUAUCUAUGGAUCGAUCACUAUUGUCUACCUUCACGGGUAAAUAAGCUGGAGAGAAGGCAGCAACUCGACUUGGUCGGGGAAGUGUUUGCACGUUCCGUCUUGACACUAAUCGUGGCAGCUGGUGACAGCAUUGCUCAUGGCAUCCCUGGCGUAAGCGUUCCUCGUGACCAAGACCAGCUUUCUCUUCACAACGAGAGUGGCCUAUUCACGACUUCACUGUUGCGUCCCGAUGUCGAAGUUGCUGCUUCGCUGUGGGCAAACAAUGCCUGGACGCUCCAGGAAGGCCUCCUUGCACGACGACGCCUCAUCCUCACCUCCUCCCAGGCUUACUUUCAGUGCGGAGCUCUUCACUGCCACGAGAGUAUUAGUGUACCAUUGCGCCUUGCUCCAAGCUUUACACUAGGUCGCAUCUUUCCCUUGGACGGCAUUGGCAGUGUCGAUAUCCGAAAUCUUAUAGGUACAUACAUGACUCGUGAAAUUUCCAGGUCGCAGGAUCGCCUGGAUGCGUUUCGUGGACUGUCGCGAGCGUUUGCGACCAAAGACCAAGCUCGCGUUGAUACGUUCAUGGGGCUGCCGCUUUUUGACCCUGAUUCUUUCACCAAUGUCAAGGUGGUUAGCCAAACCGACCGCCUGGCUAUCGCGAUGAGCUGGAUGUGGUCCGGUCGAAUCGUUUCGUCAAGUCAAGAGGCAGACAGCGAUCUAGAGCCAUGCUAUCUUGAUAAAACAGCAAACUUCCCGUCUUGGACCUGGCUAUCCUGGCGCAUCAGACGGGGUCAAUCUAUUUCGCACGGUGGGCGUUCGUUUUGUAUACCCCAAACAAGUGGCCAGCCCCUACCUGUUGUCGAUGGCUUAGGCGCGCCGCCUCGCACAGAGAUAUCUGUGGGCUUCGCGGAUGGCCUGCUGGUCUCGUGGGAGAUUGACGGGGUUGCUAUUUCACGUCGUGCGGAGCCCAUUACCUUUUUACGUAUCAAGACCUUUUGCUUUGAUAUCAAGGUUACCAAGAAGGAGGGCGAGUGGCAGAUUGCUGAGCCUGUUGAUGUAUUUGACCGGGCAGUACGAGAUAACAUCCUGCUACUCGUCCGCUCCUCUCAUGUACCCGCCAAUGCAGACCACAGUACACCCGCAAUUAUCCCAGAUGCGGAUCUUACAGUCACCGCCAUGCUUCUCACGGGCAGAAACUGGCGUCCUGCUGAUACCAGCCCGGAAACAAAGACGCUGACCAGCCCAACCGAGGGCCCCGUUGCCGCGCUCCUCUGCGCACCAAAGGACUGGCAGCUGGAACAGCCACUCGUGCGCUUGGGUGUCGUCUGCUUUGGCUCGACAGAGUUUAUCAUGAAGGAGUCCAAGAAUGAGGAGGAAGGCGAGGCCACCCUCAAGGGCAUCGCCUCUGUCUCUGGGGAGAAGAAGAGCCUCGCAACCAAGUUGCGAGAGCUUGACCUUUACUAG